UUGUAUUCAUUGUCAGGCAUUGGACAAGAUGUCUAAAUGGGUUUGGAGCAUCAGCUGACACUGGCAGCUUUAAGGGGCGUAACUGGGCUGUAAAGUGAUGAUUCCUACAAUAUAGGUGAAAGUAUUAAAGGCUGGGCACAGCUAAUGCUGCAGCUUCGGAUCUCCUGUCACGUCUUGCAGAUGGAGCAAGGUACUGGCAGCGCGUCUGCACUUUGCAGAUGAGCUCUAUUCAUGUGGCCUCCUUGGAUUUGGGGUUUAUCCUCUAGGUUCCUGGUGCUGUUUAAUCCUGGCUUACAAACCAGCCAGCAGCAGCAGGGCUCCUUAUUUCUUUUCCCUCAAGGCAGCCUCAUUACUCUACUGAAUCAUGACUCUGCUUAAAAUCACCAGACUUGGGAAAGAAAAAAACCCCAAACCCUGGGUUGGUUUUUAUUUUGCUUUCUGAUUCUGGAGAGCCUGAGAACACAGGAGGGGACGAGCCUUCACCGGCCCUUCCCACUCAUCUGACAGGGAGGCGAGAUGCCAGCCCAAAUCCCGCGACUCCGGGAGCACCCUUUGCGCUGCUGCGAUGCCUGCGGCAGCUGCCUCUUAGCUGAGUGCCUCUGCCUCAGCACACCCCAGCCGGAGGGUUGGCUGCUCACGCAUCCGUCACAGUGCCUGAGAAAACACGCCGGUGACAUACUGGGUCCCCUCCUCCUGCCCGCGGACACAUGCUGCUCAGGGCGCAGCCAGCUCGUAGCCCCAAAACACCACCGCACGAUAAAGAGAGGACGAAGCUGCUGGGGACAUGGAGACAUAGCAGCACUUAUAUUUUAUGUGCUUAAAAAGCCAUCUGUGGCAGAGCCAGGCAGCAGGCAGGGAUCCCCGGGAGGUACUGGAUGGAGACAGGUGCUCUGGGACUCAGCGGAGGUAGGAGCUCUCCUAACAGUCCAUUCUCUUCUCCUGAGAGCCCGAAACUUGAUGCAAAGAGAUCUUCCUUACCAAUCCCUGCAAAAAGUUCUAAAGGAAACGGAGUGCCAUGUACACCUUCCUGCCUGAGAACUUCACGCCAGUGAAGCAGAAGCCCUCCAAGGAGCUGAGGCCCAUGCUCGGGGCCAUCUUGCUGGGCCUCAUCCUCUUCAUCGCUGCUGUGGUGGCCUGGUGCUACUACACAGUGUCCCUGCGGAAAGCUGAGCGGCUCAAGACGGAGCUGAUGGACCUGCGGGCAGACGGCUUUGUCAUCAGAAACCAGCACGGGGAGGUGGUCUUCCGUCUGGCCUUCCGCUCGGGCACCCUCGACCUGGAGUCAUGCUCCAAGGAGGGCGAGAUUUUGAGCUGCACACGGUCGGGUGGGGGGCCGCUCAACUUCUUCAUCCAGACGGUGAAGCCCAAGGACACGGUGAUGUGCUACCGUGUGCGCUGGGAGGAGCUGGCGGCCGGCCCGGCAGUGGAGCACACCAUGUUCUGGGAGGACGCCCACUGGUACGGGGGCUCGGAGAUGAGCACCCAGCACUGGCCCAUCCGCCUGGCUGGCUACCAGGAGCCUGUACCCUACGUGACGAGUGACGUCUACUCCUUCCGUGACAGCUUUGGCGGCAUCCUUGAGCGCUACUGGCUCUCCUCCAAGGCGGCGGCCAUCAAGAUUAACGACUCCGUGCCCUUCCACCUGGGCUUCAAUGCCACCGAGCGCACCCUCUUCUUCCAGGCUCGCUACAAGGACUCGCCCUACAAGCCCCCACCGGGGCAGCAGCCCUUCCCUGAGCUCAGCUACCGGGUCUGUGUGGGCUCCGACGUCACCUCCAUCCACAAGUACAUGGUGCGCAGGUACUUCAACAAGCCCUCCAAGAUCCCUGCUGAGAAUGCCUUCCGAUACCCCAUCUGGUCCACCUGGGCUCUCUACAAGAACAAUAUCGACCAGGAUAAACUCUUGAGAUUUGCUGAAAAAAUCAAGAAAUACCAUUUUAACUGCAGCCACAUUGAAAUCGAUGACAUGUACACACAAGCCUAUGGGGACUUUGACUUUGACCCUGUCAAGUUUCCCAACGUGACAGAGAUGUUUGCAAAACUGAGGGAGGAUGGGUUUAAGGUCACCUUGUGGACUCACCCUUUCAUAAACUACAAUUCCUCCAAUUUUGGGGUGGGAAUUGAGCGUCAGCUGUUCAUCAAGGAGCCGUCGGGGCGGCUGCCAGCCAUGGUGGAGUGGUGGAAUGGCAUCGGGGCCAUCCUGGACUUCACCAACCCGGCAGCCCGGGACUGGUUCCAGAGCCACCUGCGCCAGCUCCGACACAAGUACGGCAUCUCCUCCUUCAAGUUUGACGCGGGUGAGACCAGCUACCUGCCCAAGCAGUUCAGCACCUUCCGCCCACUCUCAGACCCCAGCAUCUGGUCACGGCGCUACACGGAGAUGGCCAUCCCCUUCUACGAGCUGGCUGAGGUGCGAGUGGGCUACCAGUCACAGAACAUCUCCUGCUUCUUCCGCAUCAUUGACCGCGACUCCGUCUGGGGCUACGAGCUCGGCCUCAAGUCCCUUAUCCCCACUGUGCUCACUAUCAGCAUGCUGGGGUACCCUUUCAUAUCUGCUGACAUGAUCGGGGGGAAUUUUUUCCCCAACAAGACAGAUGGUGCGGUGGAGAUCCCCGACCGAGAACUGUACGUGCGGUGGCUGGAGCUGUCGGCCUUCAUGCCCUCCAUGCAGUUCUCCAUUCCGCCCUGGCUCUAUGACAAGGAGGUGGUGGAGAUUGCGCAGAAAUUCACGGAGCUCCAUGAGUCGCUGGUGGCCCCGCUGCUGCUAGAGCUGGCCGGGGAGGUCACGGACACGGGUGACCCCAUCAUCCGUCCUAUCUGGUGGAUCUCGCCCCGUGAUGAAGCCACUCACAAGAUUGACUCCCAGUUCCUCAUUGGUGAUACCCUCAUGGUGGCCCCCGUCCUGGAGAUGGGCAAGCAGGAGCGCGAUGUCUACCUGCCAGCGGGCAAGUGGCGCAGCUACAAGGGAGAGUUGUUUGAGAAGACCCCAGUGCUGCUCACAGACUAUCCCGUUGACCUGGAUGAAGUCGCCUAUUUUCUCUGGGUUUCAUAACAGGCUCCUCCAUCAGCUUUGGGAUAACCAUGCCUUACUUAGGACUAUGUAACAAAUAGUAAUUCUAAUUGCACAUUUCGUUUGAGACUGGGGUUGAGGAAGGGAAUUAAAUAGACAUCACUGUACUUGGGGUAAUUUUUUUUAACUGGGGGCUGUGAUCUCUUUUUUUAAUUUGGGGCAGGUGAGAGACUCCAGUUGGGUUAUGGUAGGCAGAAUUUUGUCUGUAUAGUUGAGGAAGAAGUUAUCACUCUGUCUGCAGACACAUAGUAAACCCAAUAGCUUUUCAGUGCCCAAGGAUUUCAAGAAGUGGACGUUGGUUAGUGCCAGUGGGAGAAUUUCUGGUCUCGUGGGAGCAUUUCUGGUCUCGUGGGAGCACCCAGCACUGGGCAUGGGGGUGUGUGAUGUGGGAGGGUUGCUACAGCACAGCCUGCCUUAAGUUUUAUAAGAUGGUAAAUAUAUUUAAAAGGACUUUUUUAAGAGCAGACAACAAACUAGAGAUACAUAUAUAUCCAUAUAUGUUUUUCCCCCCUUUGUUCUAGUGUGGCACUGGACUAAGAGGUGCCCCAUGCUCCUGCUUUCCCGGGUACCAGGCAGGCCAGUUUACUCAAGUAAUGUCCAGAUAUUUUAACUGUAUGGGCUGCAUAUCGCUUGCUGGGGCAUCUGCAUCCCACCUCCUCACCCAUUUAACACCCACUGCAAGGCACUUGCCUGUUUGUUUUGCCUUGGGUGUCAACAUUGCCUUUCCUAGAGCAGUGCUGUCCAUAGCAGCAUGCCCCAUUAGUCUUUUUAAAGCAUUUAUGGCCCCUCUUCAUUACAUGAUUAUCCUGCUCAUACCAUCCCUUUUGGUUUUCAAGGACAGAUGACCUUUCAGGUUUGCUGCUGGCAGAAGGACUGCCUCGAGCAAAGCAGUUCUCAAAAAGUACGUGCAGUGCUUCCCCGGGAACAGAAGGUUCCCGCGAGCGGCACGUGUCUUGGAUUGACGGUGACGUUUGCUGCUAGCCGGCUUGCCGGUGGGUGGAAAACACCGGCUUUUGCACUGAUGGGUCUGUGCCAGCGGGUGUUCUCGCUGCACCCGCAGAAAUGUUCUCAUCUACCAUGAAAUUAAGCUAAUACCCAUCUCUGUCUCAGGUUGCAGUUAGACGUGAUGAUUUCUUGAAGGUUUUUCUGAAGCAACCCUCUUCUCUCCCUGGGAGAAUUAGGGGCCUUUGUCAGGCAGCAUUUGUGGUGCUGGAGGUGGAGUUGCUGUCAGAGGCUUCUGGAGGGGACAUGGGGUGACAUGGUCCUGCACCCCAAGUCCCUGGCAGCCAAGAGAGAGCUGCAGAGAUGCCUCUUUCCCAGCUUUCCCAUUUGGUUUUGUCUGGGAAGAUGCAUUUACAGAGAGCCAUGGGCAAUCUCUGCUCUGAGACAGAGCAAACAGGAAUGAAGUCUGGCAGCCCUUCUCCCCAGGGCAGGACACUCCUGGCUGUGCCCUCGCUGGGAGCGUGUUUCAGGCCCUGAAUUUUUAAUGAGCCUCUGCAGAACUGAACUGUGUUGGCUGGGAAGGUUUGGGGCACCCUGCCCAGUCUACGGCCAGCCCAGGAGAGCUCAGCAUCUGCUGGGUGUCUCAUGGGAUUGUGUCUGGGCUAUGCGUGGGUCUGGCAUGAGUCUGCCACCUGGGGAGAUGGUGCUGUGUUUUGGGUAGGGUUGUCCUGCCACUGGGCUUUGUAGGAGGCAGAAAAGGAGAUGCACUAAACCUGGGGUUGUGAUGGAGUCCAGGAGUAGAAAUCUAGUUUUUGGGGGCAAAAUCUGAAGUGCAUUUAUAGUUAGGAAGGAAGUAAGGAAAUCCAGUUUGAUGGACUCUGUGGAGCAUCCCUUAAGAUGUGAAUCUGCCCUGCAUAAUUUGGUGUUUCAGCCUCAAAACAAGAUGCAGGGGAGCCCUGUAGGACCCUGCCCAGCUGGAGCACAAGCAUGUCCCAAAGCCGGUUUCUUGUGGUUUUUAAUUGUGAAGGACUCAAGUUUGUUCCCUGCCACCAGUGCAAACAGUGGUUAUGUUACAAGUUACAGACACCCUCUGGCAAGGAGUUAAUCCUGGAGCCCCAGCAUCAGUCAUCAGGGCACUGGCAGGACUUGGCCCUUGGACUGGAGGGUGGAGAUUAAUCUGACCACAGCCUGCAAGGAUGACAGGGUGCAGAGGGGGUUUCUCCAGCCCCAGAAAUGCAUAAAGGCCAUGCUUUAAAGGGCUCCAGCUCUUCCCUUUCAACCUUUGCCUGUGAAAUACUUGUCCUUCCUUGUCAUGGGAGACAUUGGUUGGAAGAGAUGUUGCUGCAUGGCUCAGCUGCCAGUGAAGAAGUGGGAUCCUCGGCACAGGACUUCAUGGAAAGGAUCCCAGCAUGACCAGGAGAUGUUGCAUGUCUUCUCCUCCCCUGUGUCUGCUGUGCCACUCACCACAUCCCUCACUAGUAAGGGGUGAGGCUACAUGAAGAGAAAUGCAGCAUUCAUGUUAGUAUCUCAUUAUUAAAAUGAUGGGAGCAGCUGGAUGAGUGCCUUCAAUCUCCUCACAGUGGUUUUGGGCACUGUCAGGAAGGUCAUGGAGGAAAUUCUCCAUCAGACACACAAUUGUCCUUCUCCUCUCCUCAGAAGAAAGGAUUUUAUCAUCAAAGUUUUAAUUUUCUUUUUAUUUAUGAAUAAAUGGGUAAGAUUAUAGAGUACCCUUAUUUUUCUAAAUGUGGUAGUUAGGGCAUAAGUGGCUGUGGCUAUUCAGUGCUCCAGCUAGGAGAAAGGUGAAGCUGUUGGGAGGACAUAAGGGAUGAUGCUGAAGAGCAGGUCCGUAUGGGUGGCUUUCCGUGGGUCCAUGGCACCAAGCCUUCCCUGCAUGCUGGGGACAGGCUUAGCAGUGCUGCCUCAGGCUGUCUCACAGGCUUCUUGGUGCCCUUUCUGUCCAAUUUUUUACCAAAAAACACUAUUUCUAACACUAUGCUGCAGUGCUGCAGGACUUGAGGACCUCUAGGACCUCGCAGACCACAAGCACUAUGUGCUCAGACACCUUGGGAACACUACUAGGGAGAUUUAUCUGAUUUAUACCAUGGGUCACUGGCCAAAGCAGGGUUUAGUUUGACUCAGCCAAGGAAAAGCCCUGAAACAGGUUUGGGAGUUGGAUUCAGCCUUUUCCACCCCAGGCCAGAACAGACCAUGGCUGAGCAGCAGGUCGAUGUGAUGCCCGUGUGAUUGAAUUUUGAAGCUUGCACUGUCGUAUAUCGGGUUUUCUGAUGCUUGUGUUUGCACAUGCCGUCCUACGUUGGACUGUAAUGCUGGUGGGUUUGUUUUUAACCACUUUUCUAAUUCUUAAUUGUUAUGAAGACAGAACUGUAACAUGAAUUGCCUUGAUUGAUAUAAAAUUUUGGAAAACAAAAA